AAAUCAAAAUUUCAAUACCACCAAGUCAAUCCUGCCAAUGAAUGAUAUUAAUCGUUUAGAAAUUCAGUCGCUUGAGCGAGGUUGUGCAGCGCGACUAACAUAUUUUUUUUACAGUGCUUGUUCAUAUUUGAGUUUUGAUAUCACGGAAUUAAUUAUUAAUCAGUUUCACCUGUUAUCUUAUUUUAUUUAUCUUGUCGACCUGCGUACAUUGUGACUGAAGUGUUUUGAAUUGAAAAGUUUUAUUUUUAUUAAGUUUAUAUCUUUAUUUCUGAAAUAUACACCGGCAUGGAAUUAAGGAAGACUCUUUGGAUAUUAUUAAUAUUAUUUUCUUCGACUGAAGUGUUAUGUGUCCCAUUGGAUGGAAUAACUUAUAUAAGCAUAAAUGAAAACCCUACAACUUCAAAUAAAACACAAUAUUCUACUACCGAGGUAGAGGAUAAAAUCGAUAAAAAUGAAAAUAGCACAGAAAAAUCUGGCUCUGAUGAUAUGCCUAACGAACUAGAACACUUGCUACCUACAAAUUCAUCGAAUUUUGCCUACACCUAUGUUUCCGAUGAUAACAAAGAUACAGAAGUUUCGGAUAUGUUAAAUAUACCUGCAUCUUCAGUCGAUUACGAUUUGGCCCCAAAUCAGCCUAAAAUUGUAUAUAAACCAGAUGAUUCAGUCAAUACAAGUAUAUUUUUGAAAGACGAUUCAAUAAAUGUUAAUUUAGAAGGAAUGAAGAAUUAUGGUGAUGAGACAAUCGCCAAAAGAAGUGAUUUGGAUCACAUUGCGAUAGUUCCUGGAACAAUAGCUGCAAUCUUAGCAGGAGUAUUUUUAGUCGUUUCAAUAGCUGGAUAUAUCAGUUUAUUGAGCUGGAGGAGGUACUUGGAAAAUCGUUACGGCAAUAGAGAAAUGUUGGUAGAAGAUGAUUAUUGCGAGAAAAGUAUAAACGAUUUAGAACAUUUUUCGAUAUAAUCGCUACUUUCUAAUACGCUAAUAAGCCAGCAUUUCAUUCCUACGUUCAGCCAAAGAGAUAAUAGUACAGUUAUAAUAUAGCGCGAGAUGAGUUUACUGAACUGCAUAUCAAGAUAACCCCACGAUCGACCCACCAUCAGUUGUCAUUAAUGUGGAUAUUUAUUUGGAUUGUGAUUUACCUACAUGCCUUCUAUGAAUUUUACAAGGAUAUUCAUUUAGUCAAGAAUUUUCAAUUUAUUUUAAACAUCGUACUUUUUCCAAAUGGAAUAACAUUAGAUUAUCAAGGUUAAAGCCAUUUUUUGUAUGUAAAAGGUGACCGCAACGGGAUACAUCAACAAUUUUUUCUUUUAAUUUGCCGUCUACACAAACGAUCUGUUUAGAUAAAUGUAAACUAUCUCUCAAAAGUAAAUACAAAGUUUCGUUUUCAUUUAAAUAUCUAACAAGUUUCGGUAGAGAGUAGCUUUCUUUUCAAGGUUAUGUACUAUUUAUAGCUUUGUUUUGAUUUUUAUUGAAAUACAUAUGAAAAAGUUUCAAUACCAAUACACUCUCCAGUAAUUUUCAAAUGCACAAUAUUUGAUACUGUAAUUUCAAUUCAUUACCGAAAAUAAAAUUAAUAUCAAAGUAACACACUUUACAUACAAUAAUAAAAAUUAUUCGUGUCUAAUAAAUACAAGUGCAUUUUCAUAUUGAUGCUCGACGCUGGCUUAGAGCGUCAAAUGAGUUCACGUGGUAUAAUUUCGAUUAGCGCGCCAUCUUAUGGUCAUGUAAUGUCAAAUAUCAGAGCGUCAAACUUCCAAACGUUGUAAAAAAAAACAAAAUAUACCUCUCUGUUAAUUGUCUGUCUAACCUAAAAUAUAAAGUUUGUUUUAAAAAUAAAUUGUUACUUAUUAAAUAUUAAUGAACAUCUUUAGUUGAAUACCCGAUUUAAAAAGUAAACAAUGUUUAGUUUGACGUUCGUUUGACGCUCUAAGCAUGCAUCAACGUGAAAUUAGCACCUUAACCAGAAGCUAAUUUUUCGCCCAACCAACGUUGCUAAAUGUACGUUUGCUUAGAGCGUCAAAUAAGAUCACGUGGUAUAAUGUGUUAAUGUAGCGUCAAAUUUCAGAGCGUCUAACUUCAAAAAGUUGUAAAUACCAAAAUAUACCACCUUUGUCUUUUAAUCUAUAAACAUAAAGUUUGUGUUAAAAAUAAAUUGUUACUUAUUAAAUAUUAAUGAACGUCUUUAGUUGGAUAUCCGAUUUAAUAAAUAUUUAGUUUUGACGUUGCAUUAAUUUAAGACGCUUCAGUCAAAAAUUGUAUCUUGUUUAACGCUCUAAGCCAGUGACGUGUUAACAUGAAAUUGCACCUUAACCAGAAGCUAAUAAUUCGCCCAACAAACGUUGCCAAAUGAACCCCCUAGUUAUUUCUCGGUAUAAAUUUUGGAAAGUAACUUGAUUUACGUUUACUGAUACUAAUCGGAGUAAUCGGGUCAUAAACCAUAUGAUAAUCCUUUGUGGUUACAAAGGAUCAUCAUCAUGAUAUUGUUCUAAAGGCUUUUCGGAUCUUCCGAUCAUGGUUUGAUUGUUCGGAAAGUAAUCCGAAUCAUGUUCACUGUUGUUCUGAAACUGACCGAAGUAAUCUGGAUCAUCAUCUGUUAGGAACCUACCGGAUUGUUCCGUUUAUUUAUGUUUUUGUGAACUUUAAAAUUUAUUGUUUUAUAUAAUUAGUUCUCUCGAGCAGCGUAAUUGAUAGAUUUGAGGUUUUUAUAGUUUUUGGCAUUUCAAGUUUUUUGGUAUGAAUCUUCGGAAUCUAAUAAAAAACUAGUUCUGUGCUAUGAUCGGCACCCUAACAUAGCCUAACCCAAAUAGAGAAUCUUAAGAUAAACAAUGAAUGGAAAUACAUCAAGAAAACGAUAAAGAAAACCGCAGAUAAAAUAAUAAAAAGGAGAGCAAAGAAGAGAAAGUGGAAUUGAUUCGGCAGAGAAUCAAAAAAAUGGAAAAGAGAAAA